AUGGAAGUGUCGUUUUCAAUAGUCUCUAUAAAUGUUGGCAUCCUCGGCUUUAUGACGUUUUGGAAUGUUCGCCUGGAUUUUAUUAGUAUGGUCACAAUAGUGAUGUCUAUUGGAUUUUGUGUGGAUUUUGCAGCACAUUUGGCAUAUAAUUUUGCUAAGGGACAGAACCUUCCAGCUUCGGAACGUAUGCGGGACGCGCUGUAUGCCGUGGGCGCACCCAUUCUCCAAAGUGCCACCUCUACCAUUUUAGGUGUUUCCUUCUUAGCCUCAGCUGAGUCUUAUGUCUUCAGAAGCUUUCUGAAAACCAUCUUUCUAGUCAUUCUCUUGGGUAUGUACGCUUCUCCCAGAAAAAUUGAUAACACAAUUGAGAAUUUCAGGCGUUCUGCAUGGUCUCCUCGUCCUUCCGGUACUUCUAACAAUGUUUCAUUGCUCUGGCAAUGUUGA